AUGGCCCGCGACGGCGGCGGCGGAGGGUCACCGGGGGCGGAGCGGCGGCGGGUGGCGCUGCGUGCGCUCCUCGCGUCGGGUGGUCAAGCGGAGGCGGAGGCCGCGAGGGCGCCGGGCAAGGGCCUGCUGCGCGGCCUCCGCUGCACGUCCGCGGCCGCGUCGCAGGCUAUCGCGCCGGAGACCCCGCGGCCUCCGGCGGACUGGCGCGGGCUCGGGUGCGCGGCGGCGUCCCAGGCGCACGCGCCCGAAGCGGCGUGGCCCACAGCGGACUGGCGCGGGCUCGGGUGCGCGUCUGCGGCAGCCCAGGCUCACGCGCCGGUGGGCGCGCCCCGGCGUUCCGAGGAGUGGCGCGGGAGGCGGCGGAGGAACGGGAGGGAGAGGCGGAAGGCGAGGGGCGGCGGUGGCGUCAGUGGAGGUGCCGGGGUGGGCGUCGGCGGCGGGGACGUGUGGUGCACGCCGGGGAUACCGUUCGCCGCCGAGGCCUCCUCGGUGGACUGCGUGGUGGCGCCGCACCAGACGGUGGCCGCGCGCCGCCGCGCCGAGGCCGACAGGCCGCGCAGGGAGAGGCCUGGCGCGCCUCCGGCCAGGAGGGUCACCAUGCGGGAGCACAUGUCCUCGUCUCCUCUGAGUUCACCGCCACACCAUGACAUGCCGUUCGUUGAUGCCGACCGUGCACCUUCUGGACGCAUCCGACAUAUGAGUGCCCGCCGGCACUCCCAAGCACGAGUUGAGGAAGAGAUGAUGUUCCGAACAAGGAUAUUAUUGGGAAGAAUGGGUAUUUAUGAUCAGUAUCAGGAUUGGCGCCUCGAUGUUGACAACAUGACAUAUGAGGAAUUGCUCGAUCUUGAGGACCGGAUUGGAUAUGUAAGUACAGGGCUUCGUGAAGACGAGAUCAUUCAAAGCCUUAGGAUGGUCAAGUACUCCGCCUUCAACCCCAAGCAUUUUUGUACAGAAAUGGAUAGGAGAUGUAGCAUUUGUCAAGAAGAGUUUGAAGCAAACGAGGAAACUGGGAAGCUGAGCUGUGGCCACAGCUAUCAUGUGCAUUGCAUAAAGCAGUGGCUUUCUCGGAAGAACGCUUGCCCGGUUUGCAAGACCACUGUCUCAAAGACCUGA